ACAGCGCACCCCGACGUGCCCGGCCCCCGCCUGCUGCGGCGGUUCGAGCUGCGAGUCCCCGCGGCCGCCGAGCCCCCGGGGCCGGGCCAAGGCAGCCCGCAGCCCCGCGGUGGAUGGGGACUGGAGGAAGGGAGCAAUGCCCCUGCUCGGUGCCGGACAUCCGCAGCGUGACGCCGGGCUUGGCUCGGCUGGGCUCGGCUCUGCCCUUCCCGUCCGCCGGCUCCCGGCGCCGUGAUUGACACCGCCGGCCCCUCCGCCCGCCCCGCAGCACACAUCCCAUCCCUCCCUGCCGGCCGCUCGCCGUGCCCGGGAGGCGGGGAAGGGCCUCCCCAGCCCUUUGACACCGUCUCGGCAGGAGUUUCACUUCGCUUUCGCCGCCGCCGCCGCCGCUUCUGCAGGCAAACACCCCCGGCUUCCAUGUGACGCCUCCCAGCCACUGAAUGGGGGAAAGCGCCUAUAAGGGAGCCACUUUCCCUACGUGCAGAAGAAAAGGAGGGAACGGGGGGGCAGAAGCAGGAGUCGCCGCCGCCGCCGAGCAAGCAGGGAAGGGAGCGCUGGAGGAGCCCCGCGGCGGCCGCAGCGCGCCCGCCCGCCCCGGCUGCCGCCCGCAGAAGAUGCACUUCAGCACCGUCACCAGGGACAUGGAAGCUAUCUCCAGCCCCUGGCUCACCCAGCUGUCCCAUUUUUGCGAUGUUGCAGCUUUCACGGCCAACAGCCUGAGCAGCCUGAACGCCUCCGGGGGGUACCACCUCUCCCCCUCCCCGGGGGACCCGUACGGACAGCAUGAGCCGCCGCACUACGAGCCCUGCACGGCUCAGCAGCACCCGCACCCGCCGCCCCAGCCCCAGCACGGCUAUCCCUUCGGCGGGGCGGCGGCUGGGGCCAACCCGCCGCCCCCAGGCCCGGAGCCGCCCGAGGGCGCCGGGGGAGCCGCCUCGGGGCCGGCCGCCGUCUCGGGCUGCUCGGCGGGGGCGGCCGCCGCGGCCAAGGCGCCGGUGAAGAAGAACCCGAAGGUGGCCAACGUGAGCGUCCAGCUGGAGAUGAAGGCUCUGUGGGACGAGUUCAACCAGCUGGGCACCGAGAUGAUCGUCACCAAGGCCGGCAGGCGCAUGUUCCCCACCUUCCAAGUGAAGAUAUUCGGGAUGGACCCUAUGGCUGACUACAUGCUCCUCAUGGAUUUCGUCCCCGUGGACGACAAGCGAUACCGGUAUGCCUUCCACAGUUCCUCCUGGCUGGUGGCUGGCAAGGCCGACCCCGCCACCCCCGGGAGGGUGCACUACCACCCGGACUCCCCGGCGAAAGGGGCGCAGUGGAUGAAGCAGAUCGUUUCCUUCGAUAAGCUCAAACUGACCAACAAUUUGCUGGAUGACAACGGGCAUAUCAUUUUGAACUCCAUGCACAGAUACCAGCCACGUUUUCACGUGGUCUACGUGGACCCCCGGAAAGACAGUGAGAAAUACGCAGAGGAGAACUUCAAAACCUUUGUCUUUGAGGAGACGCGCUUCACGGCCGUGACCGCCUACCAGAACCACCGGAUCACGCAGCUGAAGAUUGCCAGCAACCCUUUCGCCAAGGGAUUCCGAGACUGUGACCCAGAGGACUGGCCCAGGAAUCACAGGCCAGGGGCACUUCCUCUCAUGAGUGCUUUUGCCAGAUCCCGGAAUCCAGUUUCUUCCCCAGCCCACCAGAAUGGAACAGAGAAAGAUGCUGCCGAGAGCCGGCGGGAGUACGAGCGGGAGGCGGCCGGCGGGACGCCGCUGCACGCCGAGGCCGCGCACCAGCAGCUCAUGUCCCGGGUGCUGAGCCCCGCGCUGCCGGGUGGCGGCGGCGGCCUGGUGCCGUUGGGCGGCGCGGGCGGCGGCCGGCCCAGCCCGCCCCACCACGAACUGCGCCUGGAGCCCGCAGCCUCGGAGCCGCUCCACCACCACCCCUACAAGUACCCGCCGGCGGCGGCCGCCGCCUACGACCACUACCUGGGCGCGAAGAGCCGGCCCGCCCCCUACCCCCUCCCCAGCAUCCGCGGGCACAGCUACCACCACCACCACCACCACCACCACCACCACAUGAACGCGGCGGCGGCAGCGGCGGCCGCCAACAUGUACUCGUCGGCCGGCGCGCCCGCCAACUACGACUACGGGCCCAGAUAACGGCGCCGCGCACGCCCUCGCGGAGCCGCCGACGGCGCGAGAGACUGGGCGGCAGCCGCGCGUGCCGCGACGUUACCGCCCUCCACCCCUUUCCCGCCUUUCCCUCUCUUCCCGCCUUAAGAGUGCGCUGGUAGGCCAGCUUGACCUGAUCGACAAUUGGAGAGCCCAAUCGCAGGAAGCCGGGGCCCCCUUCGUCCACUCCCCACGCGCCGGCGGGCCGUGAGGGCGUGCGGCGAGGGGCUGGCGGGUGCUGCCCAUCGCGGUGUGACCCGCAGCUGCACUUUGAUAAAUGAAGCCAUAUGUCGUUAUUUCCCUUCUCCCCACCUCCGCGACUCCGAUCUUGCGGGUGCCCCACCGUUGCGCCGGGCGCUGAGGACCGUAGGGCCGCCGGGAAGCGGUGGGAGGACGGGGAAGCCGCAGCGGUGAGGUGACUUGCCCCCUUCUCUCUCUCCCGCCGGGUUUUCUGAUGGAGUUCUGGUGUUGCCACCAGUUCGGCCGGUGCACGGGUGUUUCCCAGCUCAGCGGGACGUGUAACGUUAGCAUGAAGCAGGGAGGGCUGUGGGGCUGGCCCUCAGCACCGGCGGACACCAGCCCCGGUAGCAGCGGGCCCUAGGGAUGGAGCGUAAUUCUGCACACGUGGAAGUCUUUUUUUACCUCGGGGACGCUUGGCCUCGUUCACAGUUGGCUCAGGUGAUUCUUCGAGGAGGCUGUUAGAGGAGGCAGAGUUUAGCUUAAGGGAACACUUUGAAUCUUCACGGUCAGAACAAAUUGUCCACUUCUCCUCCAGUCCUGCCCUGCUCCUGAGUUUUGGGGUUCACCGGGGCAACUUAACCACAACAGCAUUUUCUGAGCUGUUGAGAAGAGCCUAUGGCCAAGAGCACAGCUAUGUCCAGCUUCUUGUUUUCACAACAGUGGAAGCUAAGGUUUGAAAACCAGUUUAGGGGUGGGGGGAAUACCUGCAGAGUUUAAACUGUGUAUUCUCAGCAAUAGUUUGUAAACUGGCUGCUUCCCAGGCAGCCUCACAGUACUGCCUUCCUACAUCCUUUCCUGAGCUCUUGAUGCUCUCCCAUUGAGAAGUGCCUUAUAGAGGGACUUCAGGGUUUUUUCCCCAGAAUGCCUCACCCCUUAUAUUUGGCUGACCCAAACCGCAGUAAUCCCAAAGUACCUAUUCUACACCUACCUGCUUGCUGCAUCUUCCCUCUUAAAGCUGGUAAGUAGUUGUUGUCUUUUUUUUUUUUUUUUUUUUCCCUUUAAUAUAUUUUGCCGUAAUAUCUUAGAAAGUAGUAGAAAGACUACACUUUCCUUAUUGUUGAAAAGAUGGGCCCGUUCAUCACAAUUUCUCUAGUGAUGUGUUUUGAAUAGUUGGCUUGUGUGUUUUGUCAGAUGCUCACUGAAUAGCAGUCCCUUUGUGUUCAGAGAAGGUAUUGAACAGCUCCUCAGUUGGUAUACAGUAUUAUGAACACUUUUCUGAUUCUUCCAAGUGACUCUAUGGAAAGAGGGUUUUUUGUUUCUGAAGUCCUCUAUUCAUCCAUGUUUGUACAUUUUCCCUACAAAACUUUUAAAACAUAAUCUUUCCCUUGUGCAGGUGGCAGUGUUAGCAGCAAUGUUUAUUUCAUCUCUGGCAGUGGGCUUUGGGCUUCCAAAACUUUAUGGAAGGGUGUAAGAAGGGAUACAGGCUAACAUGAAUAUUUUAUGUAUUUUUUUUGUCUGUUAUAAAAAAAAUAUAUCUGGAUCCAUGAAAAAGACUUGUGAAAGAAAUAUGUAUUUUAUUUGACAUUUGCAGUGAAUUGUGAGAUUCUUAGUGUCUGAGUAAACCAUAACUAAUGUUCUCAGCAAGGUUGAUGUAAAA